AUGUCUCGACAAUCCCUUCGAGGUAUUGGAACUAGGCUGAGUCCGUAUAAUUUUGGAACCAAAAAUACGAGAGAGAGAGAGAAAGAAGUGACAUCUCCACAAGAGCAGCAACAGCACCACCAACAACAGCACCAACAACAGCACCAACAAGAGUAUCAACAAGAGCACCAACAACAGCAACAACAGCAACAACAACAACAACAAACAGAGAAAAAUGUGAACUCCUCUCCACGAAGAAGACGAUACUUUCUUAGAGGAAGUAAACUAGUGGCACCCUCUGCAUUUGGGAAUACAUACAACUCUACAGAAGGAAGCGAUGAAAUAGAAGGAGGUAUUUCCGGCAGUUUAAACGGAAGGAGUAGUGGGACUAAGGAAACGAGAGAUAGAGCGGAGAGUGUUUCUAUACGGAAAUCUGGUAGUUCUGAAGUGGAUGAGUACGAUUAUAAAACCUUUAGUACAGGGAGACCACUUAGAUUAUCUAAAGUGAAGGCAUUUGAGCAGGCAGAGGUGACCAUGAAGCUGUUUUUUAUUCGGAGAAGCAAUGGUUUGAGCUCUGGAGUCAGUGAAAGUCCCAAUUUCGAGUACGUAAAGAAUACCCGAAGUCUUGGGAAGAGUUUGACGGUUAGCGGGGGGAAGUUGAAGCUUCGACGAAGUGAACCAAAGAAGGAGGAAGAUGAAGAGAUAAUUAUUCAACUUCCAGAGAUGUCUCAAGAAGAAACGAGGGAGUUGAUUACAGGAAAAGUGAAGAAAAUUCGAUUUGAGGAAGAAUUGGACAGCGAAAACAGAGAACGAACAGCUCUACGGAGCAAAUCCUGGUCAUUUCUGCCCUCAAGUACCGAAAGAAGACUUUCACAGAUGCGUAGUGCAUUAAAACCGGUGACAGAGGAGGAGCUGGUAGCUCAGAAACUCGACAAUUCCAAGCUACCGAAUGUAUUUCAGAAUACGGGGGAGUUUCUGAAGAAUAUGGAUCUCCAGGAAUUGGAAUACUGGGAAGUGAUGAAUGAAGAAUAUGAGAAAGAUAUAGAAAAAGCUCAAAGAGAAUUAAGAGGAGAAGACGAAGAUACAGGAAAUGGAGAAACCUCAUUCCAUUUUGUCGAUGCACCAUUUGAUGCUCUAUAUGGACGCCACAUUGACGAUGAAAUGGCAGGAGCUGUAGCUACGGAUAUCCGAAGAAAAGUGAAAGAGGACUUGGCAUCAGAACAGGAAGAGUUCAAGUUAGAACUGGAUGAUUAA